AUGUCUCUACUGCAUUUUUGGGAGACGCAGCGCUCCUCGAAACGCAGGAAAACGUCCGGGGAGGUUUCGGACACCACGCCCUCUACCUCUGCCCACGAAACGCCGAACGAGGAUAGUCCCCGGCCUGCCAGUCCGAGUCUCUCGUCCGGGUUUGCGGAUACGCUUGCGCCGGAAUUGGACGAGUUUCCGCUGAAGAGCAGCCAGACUGAUCUGGAGACCUCUUUGCCUGCAAUCGAGACCGAUGAGCAUGCCAUUCGGCAAUACGAGUCGUCCCAGACUGGGAAGGAGGGCGACGCUGAGCCUGGGUUGCAUGUUAGGCUACGAGAUGGUGUCUGGGAGAAAGGCAAGAGCUCUAUCUAUGUGGAUGCGUUCAAUUUGGCGCUGGAAACUGUGUUGGAUGAGGAGUCACAUCUCUUCGAUGGGGCUGAGUUGGAGGUGUUUAACCAGUGGAGGGAGCUAGAUUAUGAAUCGCAAUAUCUAUAUGUGCGCCUCUUCCUACGCAAGACAUCCGCCUGGCAUCGUAUCAAUCGUCUAGGUUACUACUCAGAUAUAUCAGAUUUAUCUGCAGUAGCGGCUGAUCUUCAGCAGGAUCGCACCUUGCCAAAUCUGGAGAACGAGAUUGAUGAACAGAAUGGCUUUGGUUCUUCGUUUAGAUUCGCAGAUGGCAUGCAGGAGAUUACCACGCUGGAAGAAGCGUCGUCUCUCCUGUUACUUGACGAACUGAAAGCUUUCGCCAAAGAAGCAAAAGCACAAGGGAAGAACAAGAAAGAGCUCCUUACGGCUCUGCGAGUGACAAGUCAAUCGCAGAGAGGUCUCGGAUUCAAAGAGAAAAUUCACACCAACCAACCCGGAAACCGAGACGAGCACUACCUCCAGAAGAUAUUGGAUUACACAGGCGAAUGUAUCCGCCUCUCACCAGAACCACGCGCACUCUUCGAACGAGUACACCUCGUCUUCUAUCGAUCAACUGAAUGGACCGAAAAGUCCUUAACAACCAUCAUUCUGGCCAAGAUCUCGCGAAGGAAUUUCCCAGAAUACAUCGUAUGCCGAUCAAACUCCAUCUUCUCAUCCCGAAAUGCAUUGCUGGAAUUCGAGUCCGCGAUCCGAACCCAAUUCGACAUCGACAAUAUCCUCGAAUUCAACGGCCCCCCGAGCACAGAGUCUCUACAAAGCAUCAUUGACCUCGCGGUCAAUAUUCAUCCCCGCUGGACACAACUCGUGAAAGAGGAACAGCAGAAAGAAGACUCGAUCUACGAGAGUGGCGAAGGCGCCUAUCUCCGCCGUUUCUCGCCAGCUUGGGUGUAUACCCGCAUCAUACAUAAAAGUCUCCAACCACUCGGUCGAUUCAAGGAACAUAAACGUGAACAUGGGAUAAUAUCCGAGUUGCUAUCGCAGCGCUUGUUCCAUGCUUCGCGGCGGGGCGCUUGGUAUCAGCGGAAAGCUCUGCUGGAAGAACAUUAUAUGUGGGCGCUCAUGCCCUCAGAGGGUCGAAAUGAGGAGAAGCAGCGCAAGUUCUGGAAACGGAUUGCGUUGCGGACGUGUGAAGAGGGCCUAGAAGACCCACUUUGUCAUUUGAUUUAUCACUAUGAUCUCCAGAAACGGAUUACGAAGCUUGAGAAGGCUCUGAAAGUCGUCAAGAGGGAACAGCAUGAUUUCGGGCAUGUUAUGCUUUCCAAACCUUUCGAGCGAACCGUCGAAGGAAUACGAGUUGAUCGGGAUAGUGACGAUGCCUCGAGGAAGGGGAAAGCGACGAUCUGGGUUGAUGAGCGAGAAGGGGGAGAAGAGUGUCGAGUCGAGAGUAUGUGUUUGAGUUGGUAUCGGGAUAAUGGAUGGAAAGGAUAUCAUUCUGAAGGAGGGAUUGUGAGGACAUUAUUCGCCUACCUCUUCUACGAUAUACUUUUCACCUAUGUUCCCAAUGUCUUCCAGACGCCCUUCCAGACCUGUCCGCUGGAUCUACAUACGGAUGUUUUCUAUCCUUCUCGUGCAUCGGAGAUUAACCAUCGGCUUGUGGAAAUUACGAAUGGGGAUGCCGAGCGGAUUGUUAGGGACGUUCACGCUCGUGAAUCGGCCGCGCAGCCUUGUGCCAUUGGACUUGAUUGGUCUUUUGAGUUGGAUGAUCUUGUGGAGAUUGUGCAGUGUUUUCGGGGCGAGGCACUUGCGACGAUCUGCAAGGUCAUGGCGCAGGAGUAUCAGCAGCGUGGGGGUGGGAUCCCGGAUUUGUUUCUUUGGAAGCAUGAAGAGAAGACUGUCAUGUUCUCUGAGGUCAAGUCUGAGAAUGAUCGGUUGAGUGAUACCCAGCGGUUGUGGAUUCAUAUUCUUCUUGGGGCUGGAGUACAGGUUGAACUGUGCAAUGCGGUUGCGAGGGAGGUGAGAACGGACUAG